UUUUUUUAUUAUUUAGUAUUGCGGCUACAUAAAACUGUGAUGAAAUACACGGCAAACAUUUGAAGACAUGCCACCAUCAGGAAAACAAGACCUAAAUCAAAAACAGCAGGAAUGGUCCUUUAAAUUUUAACAGCCCAGUUGCAUUAGUUUCAACAUUACUACAGUAAAGUAAGAAAAGUCACUUUAACUGCACUAUUAAUAAUGUUACUUGUUUUUAAACCUGUAAUUACUUGAUACAUUUUUCAUAUUUCUAUAUUCUUAAAUAACGCCUGUUACAGUUGUGUUCACUGUCUUGUACUUCCCAGAACAGUUUAUUCUGAACUGUCAUGUAAACCAUUGUGUAAACAAAAUGUCUGAGUUGCCAGCAAAGUGCAGUCAGGUGUCAGCUGUGAAGUUGGAUAAAUCCCAAUUAAUCAGCUUUUUUAUGCAGAUGACACAUUUUUCUUGAAUUAUUUUGGCUUUUUUCUCAUAAUAUUCCGACCUUAUUUUCAUAAUAUUAUGAAUUUUUUUCAUAGUUAUGACUUUAUUCUCAUAUUAAAACUUUUCCUUCAUAAUAUUAUAACUUUUUUCUCAUAAUUUAAGAUUUCUUUUUUUCCCUCAAUGUGGCCCUAAUACUCUCUAACUUUAGUUAUAGUAGAGACGCUGCUUUUGAAAUUUGUGAUAUAUUGUUAUAUAAAUAAAGUUGACUUGACUGCUGUUGGUUCUACGGGCCAGAGCUGCCUUUAAUAAUGUACUAAUAUUAUAAUUACGUUUUUAUUAUUUAACAUAAUUAGAAAGAAAUCAUGUUUCAUCAAUUAAAACCUGUAUUCACACCCUCUUUGUGCUUGUUCUGUAUCCCUGUAGUAGUGUAGUCAGCCAGACAGGAGGACAGGUCUCCUCCCCCUUGCAUCAUCAUCAUCAUCAUCAUCAUCAUCAUAACACGGAAGCAGUAGACAGUCAGAGGGGGGCAGGAGACGCAGACACAGGGGGGAAGGUCCACACAGGUGAAAACGUGGUUAAAGGCAGACGGAGAGACAGGUGGAUAUCGGUGCAGAGAGGUAAAGGCGGGAAGGUGAACUCAGUCACGGAGCGAACAUCAUGGCGCUGAUCCCCUCGCAGGUUCUCCGGGUCGCCAUCCUGAUGUCGUACUUCUCCAUCCUCUGCCACUACAAAGCUCUGGACAUGCCGGCACACCAGACCUACGGCGGCAGCUGGAAGUUUCUGACCUUCAUCGACCUGGUGAUCCAGGCGGUGUUUUUCGGCGUGUGCGUCCUGAUCGAUGUGUCCAGUCUGCUGACGAAGGGAGGCGACAGCAGGGAGCAGGAGCGGCAGCUGAGGAAGCUGAUUGGCCUGAGGGACUGGAUGAUGGCCGUGCUGGCCUUCCCUGUCGGAGCGUUCGUGGUCUUUACGUUCUGGAGUCUGUACCUGUACGACAGAGACCUGGUCUACCCCAGACUACUGGACAACUUCAUUCCUCAGUGGCUCAACCACGGCAUGCACACCACUGUUCUCCCCUUCAUCAUCAUCGAGAUGCGGACCACCCACCACCGGUAUCCCAGCAGGACGUGGGGCGUGGCGGCGGUGUGCUGCUUCGGCGUGGGAUACAUCCUCUGGACGUGCUGGGUGCACCAGGUGACAGGUGUGUGGGUGUACCCGGUGCUGGAGCGCAUCACCCCGCUGGCUCGAGUCGUCUUCUUCAGCGCCAUGACGGUGGUGAUCUGUGUCUUCUACGUGCUUGGGGAAAUCCUCAACAGCUACAUCUGGGACCACACACACACAGAAAAGGUCAAAGGUGAGUGACCCCCCCCCCCCCCUCGGCUGUGUGGGUUUCGCAAUCGGCUUGGGUCGGACAGAGGAGGGCGAACGAGCCCCGCCCACCCAGGACAGCAGGAAAACAAGCGACCUCUCUGGAAUGACCUUUGAACUGUAUCCAUGACGACAACUAUGAAAAUAACAGAAUCAUCAUCAGCUUAAUGUAAAUAAGGAAAAAACGACAGAUGAAGCUUGAAACCUUUUUUUCUGCUUUGUUACGUUGAGGACGGCACACACACACACACACACACACACACACACACACACACACACACAGGUACACACACACACACAGAAACAGUGUUUGUAAUAUGAACUAUUUAACAAAGUGAAUGAAUUCCUUCAUGAGCUACUGAGAAACUCAACAUCAGUAAUGUGUUAAUCAUGAUUAUUACUGAUCAUUACUGAUUAUUACUGAUCAUUACUGAUUAUUACUGAUCAUUACUGAUCAUUACUGAUCAUUACUGAUUAUUACUGAUCAUUACUGAUCAUUACUGAUCAUUACUGAUUAUUACUGAUCAUUACUGAUCAUUACUGAUCAUUACUGAUCAUUACUGAUUAUUACUGAUCAUUACUCAUCCUCUGGGUCACUACAGGUACAUGUAUGUCAGUACAAACAUUAAUAAAGUCUGAGUGGAGAAUCAUU